GGCUAUGUGGGAUUUGGGAAUCUCCCAAAUCAAGUCUACUGAAAAUCUGUGAAGAGAGGAUUUGAAUUCACGCUUAUGGUAGUAGGAGAAUCUGGAUUGGGGAAGUCAACAUUAAUCAACUCAUUAUUCCUAACAGACUUGUAUUCUUCAGAGUAUCCAGGGCCUUCACAUAGAAUUAAAAAGACCGUACAGGUGGAACAAGCAAAAGUUUUAAUCAAAGAAGGCGGUGUGCAGCUGCUGCUCACAAUAGUGGAUAUGCCUGCAUUCGGGGAUGCAGUGGACAAUAGUAAUUGUUGGCAGCCUGUUAUCGACUACAUUGACAGUAAAUUUGAGGAUUAUCUGAACGCAGAAUCUCGGGUGAACAGAUGGCAGAUGCCAGACAGCAGGGUGCAAUGUUGCUUAUACUUCAUUGCCCCUUCAGGUCAUGGCCUCAAGCCUCUGGACAUUGAGUUCAUGAAACGCUUGCAUGACAAGGAGAACGUCAUUCCCCUCAUCGCCAAAGUGGACAAACUGACUCCAGAAGAGUGCCAGCAGUUUAAGAAGCAGAUAAUGAAAGAAAUUCAAGAGCAUAAAAUAAAAAUAUAUGAGUUUCCAGAGACAGAUGAUGAAGAAGAAAAUAAGCUUGUUAAAAGAAAAAAGAUAAAGGACCAUUUGCCUCUUGCUGUGGUUGGUAGCAAUACUAUCAUUGAAGUUAAUGGCAAAAGAGUCCGAGGAAGGCAGUAUCCUUGGGGUGUUGCAGAAGUUGAAAAUGGUGAACAUUGUGAUUUCACAAUU